AUGCAACAGUCAAAGUCACUGCGGCUUCUAGCUGCAGCUUUUCUGCUCAUUGCAGUCGCGACCGCUCGACUGGACGGUGAUCAUAGUCAUGAAGCUAGCGGAGGCAUGGACAUGGGUAUGGACAUGAGCCAGAAGGACUCCAUGUCGAAACCAGAGGAGGAUUGGGAACUCAGCUACUGGGCUUACGGCGAACACAGCGCAUCGAUUACAGCUCACAUUAUUCUCGAGGUGCUUGCUUGGUGCUUUGUCUUGCCUGUUGCUGUAAUGCUAAGUGUUGCGCAUUCGCGAUUCACUAUCCCUACUCAAUUCGUCUUUUUGGUUGUGAAUGGAGUAGCCUUGUUCUUUGGUCUAAUAUACAACGCCUCCACGCCCGAUCUGUACCAGAACAACGCGCAUCACAAAAUCGGCUGGAUCGCAAGCUCCGUGGUAGUGGCGCAAUUCGUCAUUGGCAUCAUCUACGCUUACUCGGGUAGGCGCACCAAGACUACGACCUCCCAGUAUGAGCGCGCAACAUUCUUCCCGGUCUCGACUGAGAAUAUGAUGGAGCACCAGCAAUUAUAUACACCCGUCGCCGAGUAUCGCUGGUCAGGAGACAGUGGCCAGGGUACUAGCUGCCCUACAUCCCCUGACGAAGAACACCACAACUUCACCAAGCCUGAAGAAGAUGACGACGUGGAGGUGCCUACUCCGCUUGCUCGCGGUUGGCUGCGCAGUACAUUCUUGGACCGAUUUUUCACAAGUCGCGUGCCUGGUAUGCUUUCGAACAAAGUGUUGCGCGCAUUGCGCCUGGUUUAUAACAUCAUCGAUCGCAUCAUUCUGCCUUUUGGAUUCGUUGCCUUGGCCACCGGUGGCGUCACUUAUGGCGGUAUCUUCAAAGCGCACAGUGUUUUCAGCGGUCUUGCGCACUUCAUCAAAGGUGGUAUCUUCUUCUGGUACGGAUUGGUUGUUCUAGGACGAUACAUGGGCUGCUGGGCCAACUGGGGAUGGUCAUGGAACUUGAAGCCGGCCAACACGCGUGCGCCUACUGGAGAAUUCGUCGAGUCAGCCCUCAUUUUCACCUACGGCUCUACCAAUGUCUUUUUGGAGCAUCUCGGUGGCUGGGGUAAGGGAUGGUCUCCUCAAGAUCUCGAGCACGUUUCCAUCUCGGUGAUGUUCUUCGGCGCUGGAUUGUGCGGAAUGCUCCUCGAGUCAAAGCGAGUCCGAAGCUGGUUGAAGCAAAGCAUCCUCGGCGCCUCCCGUAACCGAUCCAACGAAGACGAGGAGCCAUCGAGCGUUUCGUUCAAUCCGAUGCCGGCAUUGAUUAUUUUCCUCCUUGGCAUGAUGAUGGGCGGACACCAUCAAAAACAAAUGGUCUCAACAAUGGUUCACAAACAAUGGGGUUCUCUUCUCUCCGGUGCUGCCAUGGCUCGUGGUGCCACCUAUGUGCUGACAUAUGUCCGCCCGCCAACUUCGUAUCUUCCCGCUCGCCCACCAACUGAGCUGAUUGGUGCUUUUUGCUUGAUUUCCGGUGGUCUGAUCUUUAUGCUCAGUGCCUCCGACAUCAUGGACGUCAUGGUCUGGUACGAUCUCGAUGCCAUGUUCACCUUCAACAUCGCAAUCGGUCUCAGCUGCUUCAUCAUGGCCUGGGUAAUCGUCGUGAUUGCCAUCAAAGCCUGGGCUGUUAAGAAAGAAAACACCCAAUCGCAUGCUCGAUCCUGGUCAUCCGCUUGA